AUGGACAUAUAUGUCCAGAUCACAGGCCUGGACUCAGGAAAAACGCGCGGUGUCAAGGCGCUACUUGACAGUGGCUGCAGUACCUGCUGCAUUGAUACCAACUAUGCGCAGGCAGAGAAGCUGGAUAUCCAAGAGUUUCCACAACCCAUCGUGGCUCGUAAUGCUGACAACACCGGGAACAUCAGUGGCCAGAUCACACAUUACGUUGACUUAAGGAUGAGAAUCGGCCCUCAUGUGGAGACACACACGUUCCUUCUGACGUGUUUGGGAAAAGCUUGGAUCUUCAUUGGUCUUGAUUGGUUGACAGAACACAACCCCAAGGUGGAUUGGCAGGAGCAGACAAUGAGAUUCAGUCGAUGCCCAGAGCGGUGUCACAUGAGGGGUCAUGAGGAACAUCAAGCAAUGAUCGACAUGGAUGCAAUCGACCUGGACACGGACACGCCGGAUCUGGAAGACAGAGAAUCGAUCCUGUUGGUCGACUUUGGGAAGGAAGUGGAUCUACGGCUGUGUCAGGGGAACCCCUGCUUUCGUCCGAUCAUCAUGGGAUCUCGCAUGUGA